CACACUCCAAAAAAAAAAAUCUCCUUUUUCUAUAUAUAUAAAUAUAUAUAUAAAAGAUAUAUAAUAUAUACGAUCAUUCUUUUCCCUAUUAUUUACUUUUUUUUUCUUUUCCUUCCUUCAACUUUCUCGACGUUUACCUACCAUCUAACCGAAAACGACUUCUUUCUCCAUCUCCAGUUAUGGUAUUAGCUGGUCACUCUCUUGUACCUUGGAAGAGUGCUGAAAGUUUAAGGCAACAACGACCCGUCAAUAACAAUAUUACUACUGCAUCAUCUGUACUCACGACAAACACUGUAUUUAAAGAUUAUGAUCCGACUACUGGGAACAAAAUUAUCAAUGGAAAAUAUAUGAUUAUACGUGAACUAGGUCGUGGUGUUCAUGGUAAAGUUAAACUUGCUCAGUCUUUGGAAACAAAUGAAUUAGUGGCCAUCAAAAUAGUCGAUAAACGAACUCGAAAACGACAACUUAGUCAUGCAUUCCUCCGACCUACUCAACAAGUCUCUUCAUCUAUUGAUGAAGAAAAUGAACAAAAAAUACGUCGUGAAAUUGCCAUUCUUAAGAAAUGUGUUCAUCCUCAUGUGGUACAACUUAUGGAAAUUAUGGAAGACCCUGAAAGUAGUAAAAUUUAUAUGGUAUUGGAAUAUAUGAAUGGUGGGGAAAUUGAAUGGCGAGAUGAACAAGAUCAACCUGUAUUAGAUAUUAAUCAUGCUCGAAGUAUAUUUCGUGAUGUGGUCAGUGGAUUAGAUUAUUUACAUUAUCAAGGCGUGAUUCACCGGGAUAUUAAACCUGCCAAUUUAUUAUAUUCAAAAGAUCAUGUUGUGAAGAUUUCUGAUUUUGGUGUAUCUUAUUUCAACAAGAUACUUGCAGGAGAAGAAUCAAAAACCAUGGAAGCAGCAAGUCGAUCUGAUCAAGUAGAUCGUGAAUUAGCAGAAACGGCGGGGACACCAGCAUUCUUUGCACCUGAAUUAUGUUGGGCAGGAGAUAAUCGACAAGAUUAUAGACAUCGCAUCACGCGUUCCAUUGAUGUUUGGGCUCUAGGUGUUACAUUGUAUUGUUUUAUAUUUGGACAAUGUCCAUUUAUUGCUGCCACUGAAUACGAAUUAUUUGAAGUCAUUCCUACUCAACCUGUCACUUUUCCUCGUCAAGAUCGUUUGGAUGAUCAACUCAAGGAUCUCUUACUUCGAUUAUUAGAAAAAAAUCCUCAAGAGCGUAUCACUUUGGAACAAGUCAAGUGUCAUCCAUGGGUUAUUCAAGACUUGCCUAAUCCUGAACUUUGGUGGGCUGAAGCUGAUCCACGUCAUUAUCAAAUGGUUUCGAUUACGGAUGAUGAUGUAUCUCAUGCUUAUACUAUCAUGGACCGAUUACGAAGAUCCAUACACAAGUUAUCCAGUUCAUUCUCUCAUCUAACACAAAAUAUCACCAGACGAAGAGCCAAAAGUAGUUGCCAAACUCGACCUGUAGCGAAACAAAUUUUUCAUGCCAAUCCUGCUAGUAGAUCAUCCAUCAUAUCAACCACAACACCACCAUCCUCUGCUCUUUUACCAUUAUCACCUCCACCAACCACAACAACCAUGUUAUUUAAAUCGGAAAGAGCACCCUCCAUAACAUCAUCAUCCAAUGAACCAUACCCAAUAUCAACACCAAUACAUCCCACUGCAAUAUCAAGUGAUAGUGAUCAUUAUUAUUAUGAUCAAGAUGGACAUCCUAUUGUGGAUGAUGAAAUUGAUGACGACAAUAUACCAAGACCAAGACGAUGUAGUUAUCAACGAAACAAUUCUUCAGCAUCAAGUAUGUCAGGACUAGUGGUUACUUUUAGCAAACAUCGUGAAACAGCAUCUAACUCUCCUCCUCCUGUCCCUCCUCUCACCAAGCAUCAUGAUUAAUUUAGCAUUUCCAUCUAGAUACAAAAAAAAAAAAAAAA